UCACAUCCAGGCGGAAGGGGUGCCCGUGGCAGCGAUGGGGGUGAGGGGCUGGGCGGCGGGCCGCUGAUCGUCGGCGGGGCGGCCCGGAGCUGUGUGUGCGGGGCUGUGAUAUGCUGCAGCAGUCGCUGCCGGUCUGAGCUGCGGCGGUAUGUUGGGGCUCAAGGCGAGCUCCUUCACCACCGUAAUCGUGGGGGUUUUUGUCGCCUACGUGUUGCACACAUGCUGGGUGAUGUACGGCAUCGUCUACACCAAGCCCUGCGCUGGUCCCACGGCGCACAACUGCAUCAAGCCCUAUCUGGCCGGGAACCCCAGAGUACAGCUGAGCAUUUAUACUUCAACAAAAAGCAGUGUUACUGAUGGAGCCAAUCUAAACCUUAUGUUGAAUAUCGAACCCUUUGAUGUCAACUCUAAAUUUGAGAGGGAUGUCAAUGUUUCAUUACCAAAGAAAACCCGUAGCAAUGGGACACUGUACACUCAUUUGUUUCUCCACCAUGCUGGCAUGCUACCUUGGCAUGACAGCAAGCAUGUGUAUGCCAUUGGACACCUUACAACAUACAUGAUUCCUAAACCUGAGGAAAUCAACUUAAUUACAGGAGAGACCAAUAGCCAAGAAACAGUGACCAGUGCUGAAACUAAAGUUCCAGACCGGCCUGUUGCACACUGGAGAUCAAGACUCACUAUCAAUAUCAUGGCUGACAACUUUACAUUUGAUGGCUCAGCACUUCCUGCUGACGUACACAGAUAUUUAAAGCUGAUGCAGCAUGGAAAGACUAUGCAGUACCUUCCUAUACUGUUUGUUGAUGAGCUAAGCAACCGAGUGAGAGAUCUGAAAGAGCUUUUCCUUGCAGAUUAUUAAUGCACAUCAGUUACAUUACCUCUAACUAUCUGCUAUGAUGCUAUAUCACUUGGGAAGCUGCGGUUUUGGACACACAUGCAAGAGGCUGUCUUUUCAUUGCAACAAUUUGGUUUCACUGAAAAAGACGUUGAUGAAGUAAAAGGAAUCUUUGUAGACACUAAUCUCUAUUUCUUGGCUUUAACAUUCUUUGUUGCAGCAUUCCAUCUCCUGUUUGAUUUCUUGGCAUUUAAGAAUGAUAUUACCUUUUGGAGGCGAAAGAAAAAACAUGGUUGCAUGUCAACAAAAGCAGUGCUUUGGCGAUGCUUUAGUACGAUUGUGGUAUUUCUUUUCCUUUUGGAUGAACAGACCAGUUUAUUAGUGCUCAUUCCAGCUGGUGUUGGUGCAGUCAUAGAGGUCUGGAAAGUUAAGAAAGCCUUUAAGAUGACUGUGAAGUGGCAUGGUUUAAAGCCAGUAUUUCAGUUUGGAACAUUUGAUGAAUCUGAAAAAAAGACUGAGGAAUAUGAUACUCAGGCAAUGAAAUAUUUGUCUUAUAUACUUUAUCCACUUUGUUUUGGUGGAGCUGUAUACUCCUUAUUAAAUAUUAAGUACAAAAGCUGGUACUCCUGGUUGAUCAACAGUUUAGUUAAUGGUGUCUAUGCUUUUGGAUUCCUGUUUAUGCUGCCUCAACUGUUUGUUAAUUAUAAGUUGAAGUCUGUGGCACACUUACCAUGGAAGGCUUUUAUGUAUAAAGCAUUCAACACCUUUAUAGAUGAUGUCUUUGCCUUUAUCAUCACCAUGCCAACGUCACAUAGACUAGCUUGCUUCAGAGAUGAUGUAGUAUUCCUUGUUUACCUGUACCAGAGAUGGCUUUACCCAGUGGAUAAAACUAGAAUAAAUGAGUUUGGUGAAUCAUAUGAAAAAGAGACGAAGGGAAAGCUGCAUAAGGAAUGACUUCAGACUGAACUUCCUCUGCAACUAGCCUCCGUUCAGUUGCAAGCAAUCUUUAUGCACUGCUGUUUGCAGCACAGUAACUUCAUUGAUCUUUCCUGCCUGUGACUGCAAUAUCUCCAGCGGUGCCAACCUUCUUGGAUUUCUAAUUCUGGGUCAUACUCCUGAGAGUUAAGCAGUAUUACUCCUACAAAGAAGAUAGAAAUUAUAAACAAUAAAGUUGCUAUUUGACAGCA